UUAAACAAAAAAAAAAUAGAUUUAUUUACGUAUUCUAGAUUUUUGUUUGUUGCGCAAUAAAAUCUAUAAAAUCGCAUCACAAAAGCCGCAUCCAUUUACCAUUCUAUUGUGAUAAUAAUAAAUCUUCAAGUUCAGUUUAUUUACCAUGGAGCAGACUACGUUUAUGGAUAAAAUUCGGUCUUUUUUUGGAUUUGGCCUGGAGCCACCAAAAAAUGACUUUCGGAAUCCUAUCUGGGGAUCGGAUGACGAUGACGACGGUGACGAACUCUACACGAGAGACCAAAUAACUGCAUUCAACCCGCACGACUUCCAUCAAGAGGUAGCCAAGCAAAUGAACGACGUGUUUAAGACAUUCGGCAAUUUGCUAGGUGAUGUAAAAUCAUUUUUUAACGACGAACAAUUUGGUCAAUUCGAUAACUUCGCCGGUUUUGGCGACAUUCCUUCCGAAUCCGACAACUUCGACAGUAAUAGCAUUAGGAAUUAUUACUUGAAACCUGGGUACCACAAACAAAAAACUGAACAUCCUGAAGAUAUGGAUCUGGAUGGUAAAAUAUCGUCAAAUGAAAUAUCUGGUUUGUUCAACCAGAAAGAGGACAAAAAGGUUGGUACAAUUAUGCCAUUCAAUGGGGAUUUGGUGCCCGGUAGAUCGUUUUGCAAAACAGUUAUCACAACUAGCAUUACCAAGCCUGAUGGUACCAUAGAGACCAGGAGGAUUGUAAAAAAUGGCAAAGAAGUAGUGGAGGAGACUAUCACAUCAACAGAACCCACUAACCGCGGGCCGUACAAUACUGGCUUUGAUACCGUCAGGAACCCAGGCAUCAUUUACAGCAAUGUUAUGUCAGAACUAUCAUCAUUAUUCAAAAACUUUUACUGAAACAUGAUUACACUUUAUUGUUUAUUAAUAUUUAGUUUUAUAAAGUAGUUAUAAGACUCUAAAUUCAUAAACACAAUUGCAUGAAUACUUGGUAAUUUAGAUAAAUAAAAAGUAAAUGCAAGUUUUUAAUUACUAUUGUGAUAUCCAAGAAAUUGGCUAUAUAAAUAAUUUAAACUUGUGUGACCUAGACAUCUAGAUUUCCUGAUAUUUUUUCAAAUGAAAUUUAUGUGUAGUGUAAGGCUAUGUACCUAAUUAUCAAUAUUUUAAUAUAAAAAUGUAAUUAGAUAUAUUUCUCAAAUAAAUAACAUUAAUUUUAUUAUUAUA